ACCAAAUAGUCUCUUCCCCAAAUCGUUAAAAAAAAACGGCAAAACCGAGCGGCGUGUGCAGCAAGCUCAGACGGCGUUUUCGCAGGUUAUUCAAUCUCUGGAAGAAGUCUUGACAACCAUCAAAAUGUUUAGAAAAGUCUUAUUUUGUAUUGAUGCUGUGGUGGAGAUUAUAUCAAAGCCUUUAGUUUUUGGCCUGCGAAAAGGUGAAGACAUGAAUCCCAAAUUCGAAGAAAUGCUUGUCAAAGCGGGUCAGAGACUCCACUUCGGUAAUACCCCUCUUCCUAAAGAGAAUGCUAUACAGUAUACCGGUGAAGCUUUUGUUUGUGUUACGAUGGUAGGUACUGCGAUUGUCUAUCAAUGGAGUAGAAGUCGGGAGCGACAAGAUAAAGAACUUUUGGAAUAUUUAAAGCAAGAACGCUGGAGGAAAGAGCAAGAAUUCUUCAAAGAAAGGAAGCAAAAACUCGUGGAGGAAAAUCAAAAACUCCACCAAGAACUGACGAUGCUAGAGGAAAAGUAUCUAAUGCUGAGACGAGGAGUUCAGUCGGAGGCAGUUGACGGGGAAAAAUGACUAUGGGUCAAGGCUGUUAACGCGAGGCUUGAAGAAGUAAACCGAUGACUGAAGAAGCUUUUUAAAGGAAACUAAGAGAUGGGAUGAAUGAUUCUGAUAGCUAGUAUGUGUUUAACAGUUACAAUUUCCUUUUUCAUGUUCAUGUACUUCUAAUUUUAAGCCUUUUGUCACUUAGCUGCUAUAUUUAGUUGCUGUGUAAUUUAUGCACUCGAAUUAAGCCCU